GGCCGGCCGCCCGCUCGGUAUUAUGAUUAGCGCUGGCUGCGGGCACCGGGCGGCUGGGAGGGAGUCUUCAGCGCCGCGGCCGCUGCGGACCGACGGCCGUCUGCUGGCUGAGAGCCUUCCGAGAUUCUGCUUUGGCACCUCCAGCAUCUGGCCUCUGCUCAGGAGGAAGACACAACCGAGAAAACAUAGCGAUACUAAGGAUUAUUCAGUAUGCGGCUUGCAGGGUACGUCUUCGAGUUAGUACAAAUUCACCCUUAACAAUCCAUAAGCCACAUCGUAAAGUUGACAUCGAUACUCAGAAUGACUUUUAGAUGUCCAUGGCGACAUUGAAAAUGAAUUCUUUAUUUUCACCAGAUAUUCUUAUAUGAGAAGAUCCAUUUCAAAAAGUCUAAAUAUUUCUUCUUCUGUUGGACCAGCAUGGCAGGAUUCAAGAGAGGAUAUGAUGGGAAGAUUGCUGGAUUAUAUGAUCUGGAUAAAACCUUGGGUCGAGGUCAUUUUGCAGUGGUUAAACUUGCCAGGCAUGUUUUCACAGGUGAAAAGGUGGCAGUAAAAGUUAUUGACAAGACAAAGCUGGACACACUAGCCACUGGUCAUCUUUUCCAAGAAGUGAGAUGUAUGAAACUCGUGCAGCAUCCUAACAUUGUACGCCUUUACGAAGUUAUUGACACCCAGACCAAACUAUAUCUUAUUCUGGAACUUGGGGAUGGAGGCGACAUGUUUGAUUACAUAAUGAAACAUGAGGAGGGUCUAAAUGAAGACUUGGCCAAGAAAUACUUUGCUCAGAUAGUUCAUGCUAUAUCUUAUUGCCAUAAACUCCAUGUAGUUCACAGAGACUUAAAACCGGAGAAUGUGGUCUUCUUUGAAAAACAAGGUCUUGUAAAGUUGACAGACUUUGGUUUCAGCAACAAAUUUCAGCCAGGGAAGAAGCUGACCACAAGUUGUGGAUCGCUUGCGUAUUCUGCUCCGGAAAUCCUGCUCGGCGAUGAGUAUGAUGCACCCGCGGUAGAUAUAUGGAGUCUGGGAGUGAUCCUUUUCAUGUUGGUGUGUGGGCAGCCACCCUUUCAAGAAGCCAAUGACAGUGAAACAUUGACAAUGAUCAUGGAUUGCAAAUACACAGUACCAUCCCACGUGUCUAAAGAGUGUAAAGACCUGAUCACACGGAUGCUACAGAGAGAUCCCAAGCGCAGGGCCUCUCUAGAAGAGAUUGAGAACCAUCCUUGGCUCCAGGGAGUGGACCCUUCACCGGCCACAAAGUAUAACAUCCCCCUCGUGUCAUACAAAAACCUCUCGGAAGAGGAGCACAACAGCAUCAUUCAGCGCAUGGUGCUUGGGGACAUAGCGGAUCGCGAUGCCAUCGUAGAGGCCCUGGAAAUGAACAGGUAUAACCACAUCACAGCUACUUACUUCUUGCUCGCCGAGAGGAUUCUGAGAGAAAAGCAAGAGAAAGAAAUACAAACCAGAUCUGCAAGCCCUAGCAAUAUCAAGGCCCAGUUUAGGCAGUCAUGGCCAACCAAAAUCGAUGUACCCCAGGACCUGGAGGAUGACCUCACGGCCACCCCUCUGUCCCAUGCGACUGUCCCUCAGUCUCCCGCUCGUGCUACUGACAGUGUCCUCAAUGGCCACCGGAGCAAAGGCCUGUGUGACUCGGCUAAGAAAGAGGACAUCCCUGAGCUGACUGGAGCAGCGCUCUCCGCGGGGCCACCGGCAAGCUUGAAACCCACAGCCAGUGGGCGCAAGUGUCUGUUCAGGGUGGAAGAAGAUGAAGAGGAAGAUGAGGAGGACAAGAAACCCAUGUCCCUCUCAACACAGGUGGUUUUGCGCCGGAAGCCGUCUGUGACCAACCGCUUGACCUCCAGGAAGAGUGCUCCCGUCCUUAACCAGAUCUUCGAGGAAGGGGAGUCUGAUGACGAGUUCGACAUGGAUGAGAACCUGCCUCCCAAGCUGAGCCGGUUAAAAAUGAACAUCGCUUCCCCGGGCACAGUUCACAAACGCUACCACCGGAGGAAAAGCCAGGGCCGCGGCUCCAGCUGCAGCAGCUCCGAGACCAGCGACGACGAUUCCGAAAGCCGCCGGCGGCUGGACAAAGAUAGUGGCUUCACCUACUCCUGGCACCGGCGGGACAGCAGCGAGGGGCCCCCCGGCAGCGAGGGGGACGGCGGGGGCCAGAGCAAGCCCAGCAACGGCAGCGGAGGGGCGGACAGGGCCAGCCCCAGCGAGAGCAGCGCGGGCGGGGGCGGCCCCUCGGGCGGCUCGGGCGGCGCCCCCGGCAGCACGGCGGGCAGCACCCGCCGCUGCGCCGGCCCGGUGGGCUCCGUGCAGCUGGCCUCCCGCGGCGCCGGCGAGCUGGUCGAGAGCCUCAAACUCAUGGGCCUCUGCCUCGGCUCGCAGCUCCACGGCGGCGCCAAGUACAUUAUCGACCCCCAGAGCGGCCUGUCGUUCUCCAGCGUGAAGGUCCAGGAGAAGUCCACCUGGAAGAUGUGCAUCAGCUCCGCGGGCGGCGCGGGCCAGGCCCCGGCCGUGGGCGGCAUCAGGUUCUUCUCUGACCACAUGUCGGCCCCCGGCGCCGAGCUGGAGCGGAUCAAGAGCAAGAACCUGAAAAACAACGUGCUACAGCUACCUCUGUGUGAAAAGACCAUCUCUGUGAACAUCCAGCGGGGCCCCAAGGAGGGGCUGCUCUGCGCCUCCAGCCAGGCCAGCUGCUGCCACGUCAUCUGAGGGGGGCCCGCGCUCCGUCCCACUCAGAGCUGUGAAGCCCGCUCAUGUCACUGUUCCCUUUCUGUUGUACCCUUUGGCGGUGGGCGCCCGGAGCAGUUAUUUAUUACAUUGUCAUUUGUUCGCCUGACGAUGUGACAAUGCAUGGUCUUCGUGCAUGCUGCUAGACACUUCUUUUCCAGCUGAAAAGUCUAUUGUGUAAUUUUUACUUUUAUAAUUUUAAUGUGGAUGAUCCGGAUUCAAUUAAAAUGUAUAUUUGGAACCUGAUAUAAGUGGAGCACUUAGGAAUCUGAUGUUCUGCACUUACCCUAGAGAGAGAGAGAAAAUGCUUUUGUUUGGUUUGCUUGUGAGCAAUCUCAGUUCCUGUCCUGACCGUCUGUGACGCAGAGACUCCGUGCCCUGAGGCACGCUGUGGGGUGUCCGCGGCCGGCAGAACCAAGGCAGCAGUGUUGUGAUGGGCUCGGCCCGGGCACCACGGGAGGGCGGCUCAGCGCCGGCCUGUGCGGAGCCCUCUGAGAGCAGCCGGUGUCUGCACUGGGACCUUAGCACAGGAUUCGAGCCGGCCCACACCUGUUUGUCUUAAGCUCUAGCGUGGAAACAAGUUUGGGCUCUGAAAAUUUAACGAGAAAAAGAUUUUCUUGUUUUUGUAAUAGGUGAGAUGAAGUACCUAGAUUUAUAAGGCAGCUUCCCCCGUAGUGUUGCAUCAGUUACAAGCAGACAAUCUUACUUUGUAAUGUGAUGAAGUGAAUUGAUGUCUUAACUCUACUGGUAGAGUGUGUGUCUGUCGCACAGAACAGCACAGUGCUCUGUGUCAGCCCUUCCUGUGGGUGCACUCAGGGGUGCCUGUGACACCAUGUAGACAGAAGAGACAACAGGGCCUGGUAUGGGCACAGAGGCGCACACAGACGUGGGCAAAGUCUAAAUCCCAUAAAUGAAAAACAACAAAAACUUGUUGGGAUCUAUGAGCCUGGUAAUUAGUUGUCUGUUUUUUAUCUCCAUUCUUUUACAUCCUUUGACUCAGCUAUGAAGUUGGCUAAUCAAAAAAACACAUAAAAGGGUAAAAUUCACACAUUAAGAAAAAAACACAAAGGUUGCUUUUUUGUCCUUCUUUUCUUUUUUUGCUGUUUUUCAUGUUGCCUUCCUGCCAAAAUAAUAAAGACCUCUUUAAACUCUUCCUGUACAAAGACUGCUUUUGACCAGAUAGUCAUCUUUUGUGGCAUUUUAUCUUCUUAGGACACACUAUAUUGCAGAUUGCUAAUUGUGCAAGGGGCCAGAUGCUACUUUUUCGUGCUGUGCCCUGGGGGUCUUAAUGCUUAGUGACAUCGGUGCUAGGGCAAAGGCCCCACCAGUGGCUGGGACCUGGGGCCUUCCCACCCCUCACCUGUCAUGGCUCUGAAGUGAUAGACUGAGUUGCACCUGGUCACGUGAUUUGUGGAGUGGGCAGAGCACCAAAGAACUGCAUUACGUCGGCCGUGGUCCCUUCAAGUACACGCUGACUCUGCUAACUUUAGGAGGAAUAUAUUUUAUUCAGAACUCUGAAUUUCACAGUAUACUGACUAAACUAAGUAAAAAUGAUACUUAAAAACACUUCCUUUACUUUCUAGACCUAGGCUAGAUAUGUUUUAAGCUACAGCUCUAGUUCAUUGUGAUAUUUAUCUAAGAACAGAUGUGUGGGUGAAGCCAUAGAACAUAUUUGCUUGAAAUUCUUGAGCAGGGAACUUACAAAGGGCCAGAAAUAAGAUGUGUGGUUCACACAGAUAGUGAGCGUAACAUCUGUAUUAAACGUAGGAGAGAAGUUUAUAAAGGGCAUUGGCAAUAAAUUCUUUGUUGCAGCUGUUCUCCAAGUAAUGUAAAUACUUUUCCUGUGAUUAUGUAUAGCCUUGGAAUGGCACCUUUUAACUAACCCUUACGUGUUUGGUUUUCAAUGGUUUUUUAUAUUCAGAUGUAUAUAUGGUGCUCACUUUAGGCUCAGCAGUGUUGACCAUUUAUGCUGCAUAGCUGUAUUAUAGCCUUAUUAGUUGUGUGUGGUUGGUUGACCCUCUGGGUACACAAAUGUUAGUCCGAGUGAUGUCUUAUUCAUUUGUUCAUAAGUGAAUGGUUGUGCAUGUGUUGUAUGUCAUAGUAUGUUGUCACGUAAACGGGAAGGAGCGAAUAACCAUUACAGUAAGAUAAUAUUGGACCAAACUACUUACUUGCUCUAAACAGUUUCUUGUACCCCUUUACCUGUCUUCAAAAGUUGCAUAUAGUUACAGUAGUGUAUAAAUUAAGUAUUGUGGAAAAGCAGUUAGUCUUGUAUUUUUCUGUAUGUGUGUAUAUAUAAUUAUGUACUUCUGGCAAUUCUAUCUGUAUUUAAAGAUGUGACAAUCUUGACACCGAUUUUAAGAAUAGUGGUGAGACUGAAAUGAAUUAAAGGUAUCCCUACCAAGUAAGAAUUGACGUGUGUUAAGAGGGUACAGAAUUAUCAGCCGAUUUGGUCAGUUGCUUCCAAUGCCGGUUGAUUUUCCUCAUUGUGUAAACAUUGACAGGUAUGUGACAAAUGAGAAAAAAAAAAUCCAAAUAAUAAAGUGGCAUAUUGGUGUUCAGCAAUAUAAA